UACAGUCGUACGCUGUAUCCACUCACUUAUGCGCUCGCAAUACUAGCACCGUACUGGUGGUACCACCGGUUCUCGCACCAGUACUGAACUGGCAGCACCAUACCAGCAUCCUCACAACCAUCACCAACUUGUGUGCCAUUCAGCUGUGCCGACAUCACAGAGUCCAUUGAAAACUCACAAGGCUCCGUGGAGCCCUACAGUAGGGUAUCACUGCAAUGAACAAUACCGAAAACGAAGCCAACAUCACACAAAGAACUGAUGAAACAGAUGACAUCAUUACUGUGUACAAAUCAGAAGAGCAGGCCAAACUGUUUGCCAUUCUUCCAAAGCCAUUUGCACUGCUUUCCAUUUUUUGUUCAUAUGUCAUGAUUCGAGAAAUUGUUGCUGAGCACCGAUUAAAGAAAGGUCGGCCGGUUUUGCGAAUGCUACUUGCCAUGGCAGUAGCAGACAUCUUCUACAGCUUCGCCUACUUCCUCGGCACCUGGCCCGCACCUCCAGAUGUAGAGCACAACAUGUAUGGAAAUGUUGGCUCUCAGGGUUUCUGUACCUUUCAAGGCUUUAUCAUGUCAUUGGGAAUUCAGGCCUCGGUCCUUUCGAAUGCAGCUCUAUCAAUCUACUAUCUGAAUAUAAUUAUCUACAGGAAGACAGACAGAGAUUUAGAGAAAACGGAGAUUUAUCUCCAAUCACUCAUUUGGAUUCUAGCUUUCGUGCUCGCAAUCUACCCGAUUCCAUUGGAACUCUACAAUCCUGAAACAGAUCUCUGCACCCUUCAGUCAGCGCCGCGAGAUUGCUCUGGAGAGGACUGCAUUCGAGGGUCUGACCCUUUGAUUCAUCUCAUCAUCGCUAUGGCACCACCGUUGGUCUGCCUAUUGGUGAGUAUGAGCAUCAUGGUAGUCAUUACCAUGAAUGUAAGGAAAUUGGAGAACAAAAGCCGGAAGUAUGGAGCAAGUAGCAUUAUGAUCCAACCACCACCAUUCAGUGCUGAAGGUAUGGCUCCAAGAGGCAGUGCUGAAAGCAUGGUCCCGCAUGGCAGUGCCCGAGCCAGCAUGAACAGUGGUGAUGUGUCUGAUUUCUUCAUGGGUGAUGUUCCCAGGAGUCGUGUGGCAGUGCGGCGUACACUAGUUGAAGUGGACCGACACAAGUCACAAGCAGCGGCCAUGCAAGCUAUCUGCUACGCUAUUGCUUUUCUAAUGACCUACCUGUUGUCCUACAUCUCAGUGAUUAAAUACCUUACAACUGGAACCUGGAAUGUGAUUUUGGAUAACUUUGCAUUUUCUGUCUUUCAACCUUCUGCUGGGACUUUUAACUACAUCGUCUUUGCUCGGGUGAGGAUGAUGAAGACCCCUGAAGGGAAGCUAUUGAAAACCUUUUUUUGCUGUACCUGCUUGCAAAAGGAUCAGGAGACUGCUCGUGACAGUACCAGCCAAAGCAAAUCGAGAAAAACUACUCAACAACAGCAACAACAACAACCGAAUGCAAUGCCUGGGGAAAGUGAUUCUCGAAAUCAAGUGGAGUUUCGGCAGGCCUCAAGUGACCAGGCUGCAUCAGGUUCCUAUGAUGAAGGACUAGUUGAAUAGGUUGAAGGGAUUCCUGUGAUCCAAUUGAGUGUGUCCCAACUAUCGCCACCAUCAACGACAAUUCACGCCAAAUGACCUGUUCCGGCUACAAAAGUUGUUUCUAUGGACAAGCAUGAUUUGAUCGUACAGGUGUUGCUCUCUUGUACUGGUGCGGAUCGAUCCCAUUGACGAAAAGACACUACUGUUCAGUCGCGAAUGACUCCAUCCGCAGUAUGAAAUGUAAUAUGGUUUGUGGGUCUUUCCUUUUUCAUUCAUUCGUCGCUCCUACCCGGACAGGAAGAUGCCGCAUCCAAUUUUCGAAGCCCGUCAAGUGUGUUCCAUGCUGUGGAUAUCAUACACGUGUACGAUCUGACAAGGAUGUAAGGAACGGUAGCUAAAAUACCUCUCUUUUCUUCCAGUUUUCCAGCGUCUCUUUCUGUCCUCAUUUCCAUCUACUGUGCAGUCAAAAGCGGCGAGGCGAAGUGUAAGCCUUCGUAUCAAAAUGCAAUAGCUAUUCAUACCUCCGAGGUCGAGCCACUUUUGGGGUGAAUAAACGUCAAGGUCGCAAAGAACCAACUUGGGGAUUUUACC